ACUACUCCUCCUCCAACUACUCCUCCUCCAACUACUCCUCCUACUCCUCCUCCAACUACUCCUCCUACUCCUCCUCCAACUACUCCUCCUACUCCUCCAACUACUCCUCCUACUCCUCCUACUCCUCCUCCUACUCCUCCUCCUCCCACUCCAACUCCAACUACUCCUACUACUCCUCCUCCCACUCCUCCUCCUACCACUCCUCCUCCCACUCCUCCACCAACUACUCCUCCUACUCCUCCUCCAACUGCUCCUCCUCCAACUGCUACUCCUCCUCCCACUCCAACUCCUCCAACUACUCCUCCAACUCCUCCAACUAUUCCUCCUCCAACUCCUACUCCUCCAACUACUCCUCCUCCAACUACUCCUCCUCCAACUGCUCCUCCUCCAACUACUCCUCCUCCAACUACUCCUCCUCCAACUGCUCCUCCUCCAACUACUCCUCCUCCAACUGCUCCUCCUCCAACUACUCCUCCUCCAACUCCUCCUCCUCCAACUCCUCCAACUCCUCCUCCUCCAACUACUCCUCCUACUCCUCCUCCCACUCCAACUCCAACUCCUCCAACUCCUCCUCCUCCAACUACUCCUCCUACUCCUCCUCCCACUCCAACUCCAACUACUCCAACUACUCCUCCUCCCACUCCAACUCCAACUCCUCCAACUACUCCUCCAACUCCUCCAACUAUUCCUCCUCCAACUCCUACUCCUCCAACUACUCCUCCUCCAACUACUCCUCCUCCAACUGCUCCUCCUCCAACUACUCCUCCUCCAACUACUCCUCCUCCAACUGCUCCUCCUCCAACUACUCCUCCUCCAACUGCUCCUCCUCCAACUACUCCUCCUCCAACUCCUCCUCCUCCAACUCCUCCAACUCCUCCUCCUCCAACUACUCCUCCUACUCCUCCUCCCACUCCAACUCCAACUCCUCCAACUCCUCCUCCUCCAACU